AUGUCCACAGGAUUACCACCCGGAUGGGCCAUACGCGUGUCACGUACCCACGGCACCGAAUAUUUCUUGAACCAGGCCACUAAGGAGUCCUCGUGGGAACCACCAUUUGGGUCCGACGAAGGCAUAUUGACUGAGUACUUGAAGAAGUUCAAAGCCAACGGCAACAAGCCAGUGGUUCGCGAAGACGGCAAGAUCAGUGUGGCACACUUGUUGGUCAAGAACAACCAGUCGCGGAAGCCAAGAUCGUGGAAGAGCCCUGAUGGCAUCACCCUCUCCCGCGAUGAGGCCAUCCAAAUCAUCAAGAAGCACCACGCCAGAAUCUUGAACGGAGAAGUCAAGUUGGGCGAGCUUGCAAAGACCGAGAGCGACUGCUCGUCGCACGCUCAGGGUGGAGAGUUGGGUUUCUUUGGCAAGGGCCAAAUGCAGCCUAGCUUCGAGGAGGCAGCGUACGCCUUGAAUGUAGGCGAGAUUAGUGACAUCGUAGAGACCGACAGCGGGGUCCACAUCCUCCAAAGAACUGGCUAG